GUACAACAUUGCCCAACACACCCACUCACGAUGCGCCAGAAGCGAGCAAAGGCCUACAAGCGCGUUAUGGCGCUCUACGUCUCGGCGUUCAACUUUCGCCAGCCGUACCAGCUCUUGUUGACCAACGACUUCCUCCUCGAGGCGGGCAAGCAGCGCGACAACGACGUCUACAAGAUGCUCAAGGACGUGGUGCAGGGCGAGACGAAGCCAAUGAUCACACAAUGCUGCAUCCACGCGCUGUACACGCUCGGCAAGGAGCACCAGCCCAUCGUCGACCUGGCCAAGAAGUGCGAGCGGAGGAAGUGUAACCACCGUGAGGCGAUCGACGCAUGGGAGUGUGUCAAGGAGGUUGUCGGCGCGACCAACAAGCACCGCUACGUCCUCGCCCUCGGCAGCCCGAAGCUCAUGUCGUCGCUGAACCACGUGCCCGGGCUCCCGAUCGUGCACUUCAACCCGCGCGGCGUGCUGGUGUUGUCACCACCUACGCAGGCGACGAUCCGUGUGAAGAACGCACACGAGGAGGAGCGGCGCGUCGAGGGCGCCAAGGUGCUCGACGGCGUGGUGGACGGGGACAACGUCGUCGGCAGCGCCGACUCGGCCCCAGCACAGAGGUCACGCAAGGCCAAGGCGCCGAACCCGCUCAGCAUGAAGAAGAAGAAGGCCAAGGCUGAGCCUGUCGCGGCCGCGGCCGAGGGCAAGAAGCGCCGGCUGGAAGAGGACGAGGGGGAGAAGGACGAGCCCGCCGAGGAGGAGGGCGGCGAAGCAGAUGCCGGCAGGAGGAAGAAGAAGCGCAAGCGCGGACGCGGCAAGGGUGCCGUCGCUGGCGCGAUCGCCGAGCUCAAGGCGGAGAUUGCGGCCAAGGGCGGCGUGGUGGCCGGAGACGCUGAGGGCGCCGAGGCGAGCGGGGCCGAGUCGGACUAGACUGGUGUAGGCGCGCCGAGGUGGGCUAGACAGGUGUAGGUUCUAUUGCAUGUACUUGUGUGAGUGAGGCGUGCGUCAGCGG